GAUGAAAUGAAUUGUUUUGACGACCAAAUCGUUGAGUGAAUCCAAUCGUGAAUCAAGUGAUCGUAAAUCUGGACACUUGUGAUGUCUGUGGAGAUCCCGCGAAGUCUGAAGCAUUUGGUGCAGAAAGUGAUGAGAGGUUUCUAUCCCAUCGAACACGUGAUUGUCGUGGAUCUGCUGCUCAGACGACGUCUGGUGAAAGAGGACGACAUGAUUGAACUGUUGCGGUUCGAGAGGAAGCACUUGCGGUCAGUGUUGGCCACUCUAGAGAAGGACAAACUGACGAAGAAGAAGCUGAAGAUCGAGACGGCGGUGGACGGGAAGGCGAACCGACACAACUACUAUUACAUCAAUUACAAGGCGUUCGUGAAUGUCGUGAAGUAUAAGUUGGAUCACAUGAGGAAGAAGUUGGAGUUGGAGGAGAGAGACCUCACGUCUCGCGCCUCAUUCCUCUGCGACGAGUGUCACAAGACGUUCACCGAUCUGGAAGUGGACCAACUCCUCGACAUCAUGACCGGCGAAAUGAGGUGUUCAUUCUGUGGCGGAGAUGUGAAGGAAGAUCCCAAUCAUAUGCCAAAAGCCGACUCCAGACUACUUGUGGCCAAAUUCAACCAAAUAAUGGAACCGCUUUGGCUUCUGCUCAAAGACGUGGAGGACAUUCGCCUCUCAACCGAUUUACUCGAACCAGAGAUUCAAUUGGCGACCGAUUCGGGUCCGCAAACACAGGCCAACGCAUCCAAUAGUACGAUAGGAAGACAAUGGGGUGACAAGAAUCGGGCCAUUAAUAGCGAAUACGAGAAUUCUGUUCUCAACGACGCCAAGAAUUAUACGAUAAAAAUAGAGGACUCGACCGGCGAUGACGCGGACGGCGGCGCCGAUCGGGAACUGAUACAAGUGAAGAAAGAGGCGCCUUCUUGGAUGUCCGAGAGUACUGUCACUAACAUUAACAACACUAUUAAUAGCAAUCAUACGUCAGAUGUGGUGUCGGCGCCGAACUCGUCGUCCAAACCCAACAAAUAUAUCACUAAAACUCAAUCCAUCCAAAACUCGACCACCGAUUACAACGAGCCCUCGAAAGAGAUUCUCGAAACACUUCUCAUUCACGAAAAACAAGUGGAGAACCCGACGGACGCCGUCUCUCUUCUGUUGAACGAAAAUACAAAUCAUUCGUCAAUUAAUUAUAAUAGUAAUGAAGACAAUGAAGACGUUAUAAUGAGCGAUGAGGACGACGAUGAUGUCGAUGGACAGCAGCCGAUGGUAAUUGUCGGCAAUCAGUCGAUAGCGUUGAGUGAAGUGAACGAUGAAAUCAUAUCACAAAUGAAUGACGAGGAGAAGGAGGAGUACAUCCGUCUCUCGCAACAAGUUUACGCUCAUAUGUACGACAUUUAGAUUGAAUUUAUAUAAUUUAUUGUAAAUUUGCAUUUCAUUACAAAUCAUAAC